AUGUCAGAUCUCGCCGACGAGCCUGACCAUGCAGGCAAUGGCAUGAACACGUCCUUCGACAGCCGAACUGCGCUGCCAAAUAGCAGCUUGAACGAAGCCACCUCUCCAACUGCGCCCCGCAAGUCGAGCCAGACCUCGCCGUCCACGGAUCAGCCCAAGAAGAAGCGCAAGGUGAACCAUGGUCUGUAUACAUUCCAAGGAUUCUUAGUGAUGGUGGGGACUGACACCUUCCUUCAGCAUGUGUAUAUUGUCGACGUUCGGUAA